AUGUCUGCCUCGGCGGCAAAAGUGAGUAAAAAGGAGCUGAAUUCGAACCAUGACGGAGCGGACGAAACCUCCGAGAAAGAGCAGCAAGAAGCAAUUGAACACAUCGAUGAAGUUCAGAAUGAAAUUGACAGGUUGAAUGAGCAAGCAAGUGAGGAGAUCCUGAAAGUAGAACAGAAAUACAAUAAACUCCGUCAGCCAUUCUUUCAGAAGAGGUCAGAACUGAUCGCCAAAAUCCCAAACUUCUGGGUCACCACAUUUGUCAACCAUCCACAAGUAUCUGCCCUUUUGGGGGAGGAGGAUGAAGAAGCACUUCAUUACCUGAGCCGAGUGGAGGUGACAGAGUUUGAAGACAUCAAGUCAGGCUACAGAAUAGAUUUUUAUUUCGAUGAAAAUCCGUACUUUGAAAACAAAGUACUUUCCAAAGAGUUCCAUCUGAAUGAGAGCGGAGACCCGUCUUCAAAAUCAACAGAAAUCAAAUGGAAAUCAGGAAAGGACUUAACCAAGCGCUCUGGCCAGACACAGAACAAAGCAGGGAGGAAGAGGCAACACGAAGAGCCCGAGAGCUUCUUCACCUGGUUCACCGAUCAUGCUGAUGCCGGUGCUGAUGAGCUGGGGGAGGUCAUCAAAGAUGACAUUUGGCCAAACCCUUUGCAGUACUACUUGGUCCCUGACAUGGAUGAUGAAGAGGGUGAAGGUGAGGAGGAUGAAGAGGAUGAGGAGGGUCUUGAGGACAUAGAUGAGGAAGGAGAUGAAGACGGAGAAGAGGAUGAAGAAGAUGAUGGAGAUGAUGGAGAGGAUGAUGAGGGAGAGGAUGACUAA